UAAAUAGGCAUGCUUAUCCAACUGGUUCCUGGAAUCUAUUUGCUUCACAAGUUGCUAGCUGUUUCCUGACUAGGCAUUUUGAUUGUGUCACCUGGGGAGGAGGUUACAUUUGACUACAAUUAUGUGCGUGUUUUCGGGGCUGCAGCGAAAAAAUGUGUCUGUGGCUCGCCUCACUGUCGGGGCUAUAUAGGCGGCGACCUACUGAAUGCAGAAGUGAUAGUGCAGGAUGAUUCAGAUGAUGACUAUCCUGAACCCGUUGUUUUCUGCGAGGAUGGUGACAUGGGUGAUGAACUAAACAACAUUAUAUCUGCAAGAAGUUCAUUUAAUGUCGCAGAAAUUAGAACUAAAGAAACACCUAAAAACAAAUAUAAACUGGAUGAACCUGUUACUGGAAACCUGGAGAAUUCCACCCAAACACACACAGGGGAUAUAAUGGAACAUGAAAAUACCAAAAUGGCUAACUCUGCUGCUGUUUUUAGCUUUAAAAUCAAUGAGGAAAUCAACAAGUUCCAUAAUGAAUCCCCUUCAUCAUCUCUGAAGAAGCUGGAAUCAUCUGAGGCAAUAGAGGGGCUAGAAAUCUUGUUGCAUUCUUCUGUACGACCUGCAGGAAAUUCCUUGCCUUCGGAAGAUAUGAUCAUUGAAACUAUAUCUGAAGUAAAAAAAGAGUGCUUAGAUGCUGAAAAAGUUUCUUCUACACUGGACAUGGCAUUUCCAUCACCAAAUGCAAUGCUUAGCAAGUCUUUGAGGAAGAAAUCAGGCAAUGGAGGAGCCAGUAAUGAAUCGUCAAAAUCUUCUCGUCGAUCUUCUUCAGUUAAAAAGGGAAAAUCUAAGAAUAGUGCUGUGAAUUUAACAUCACUAUCUGAUAUGGACAACAAAUUGCAAAUUCCACAACCUAAAUUCAGGAAACCACCUUAUGAUUCCUCAAAUGCUCGUGCUGAAGCAGUCGAAGAGAAACUUAAUGAGUUGCUGGAUCAUGAUGGCGGAAUAAGCAAACGCAGGGAUGCAUCUAGGUGCUACUUGAAGCUCCUCCUUUUAACUGCUGCUUCAGGAGAUAGCUGCAAUGGUGAAGCUAUUCAGAGGUAAUAAAUGGAUAUCCUAUUGGAAACUCUUUCAGGUGCUAGAAGUUGCAUGUUUAGUGGUGAUACCUUUUGUUCAUUAAU